AUGUAUUCUCGAACAGAUACAAUAACUAACUAUUUCCUAUGUUUAGUUGGUCAUUUAUGUAUGGUUUUCACAGUUUUAUUCAAUCAGGUUGGUAUUUUUGUCGAGAAUAUCUUGUGAGCUUAGAAAAUUGCUCAUAGUGUUCUCAGAAAAAUAGAUUAAUUUAGGAAGGAAUUUUGGAAAGUGCAAUAAUUGGAGAUGCAGAUAUAAGUGAAGAAUCUCGAAUUGGUUUAACAGUUUGUCUAACUCUUACAAUAAUUCUAAUUCUUCUCGAAUUCUCAAUUAUGUGUAUUAAAAUAACACCAAUAAGUUUGUCAAUAUUUUCCUCAAUUUCUCAUACUUUUUCAACUCUUCUCAUUUUAUUGUUCAUUUAUGAUUCUCAUCCUCCUUCACAUUUUUGGCUUCUUUUUCUUCUAUUUUCUUUUCCACCUUUCACUUAUUCUUUUGUUCUUUUCACACUUUCUCCAAAACAACUCAAACCACAAUAAUAAUAAAUCCGUUUAUUCAUUCAUAUUUAUCAGCACAGGAAUCAUCAUCAUUAAAAAAUUAUAGGUAA